AUGUCUACUGCAUCGGAAAAGGAGCAGUACCCUGAACCUUCCACAUCCGCAAGCGGAACAAGAAGCUUUCGUCGGAGAAAAAUAGUCCCCACAGCGGUGGCGAAAAAAAUCGCUAACAACAACACAAAGAUCACGGCAAAAAUUGUACCAUCGAAGGAAAAUGCUAAGAAUAUCCCCAAAAACGAAGAAUCCAGUGCCGGUAUGAAAGAAGCUACCGAAACGGAGCAGCAAACCGAACAACCGAGAGAAGCUCCAGCAGACAUUGCAUUGCCCAAAACCGCAUUACAAUCGGAAGAAUCGAAAGGUGAAAAAAUGCCGGAUGCACAAAAAGGUAAUGCCACCUUCAAACCAGCUGCUGCAUUCCGACGUAUAAAGCCAAAGGUUGUAAUACCGCAAACACAAAAGCCGGCUAAAUCUAUCCUGAAAAAUUCCACGACCACAGUGAAAGGGAGUGUUCAUAAUGCAGAAAGUUCGAACGAGGUGUCACCUAGAAAAGAUCCCGAAUUAGGUUUACAUCCGGAUGAAGCAACUACAGCUGAAGAUCUUCCAAUGCAAAAGCCCGUAUGUGAAGAAUCGGUGAAGUCGAAACAACAUUCAGAACCAGAUCCGAUCCGAACGACAUGCGAGAAAGAAAAUGAUACUGAGUUGUGCAAAUCUGAUGCUAUUGUGGACAGUUCCACUAUCGAUGAUGUUGCCAAAGGAGUGGAAGUGAAAAAGUGUCUCGAUGUACAGAACUCUACGGCUUUGGAAACGAAGCAAUUGAAUAGUUCCAUGACGACUAACGUUACACCGGUUUCCACCGCUCCGACCGCUCAAGGUACAACCGGGCAACACAUUUCCGAUACACUUGCAAAACCCGAAAGCACUCCCAGCAAUGCAGCGACUGCUACUAAAACUAUCAAGCGUACCAUUAGCUUGGGUACACUGACGCCUGCAAUAGCGGACUUGCUAAAGAAAAGUCUCGGUAAGAAAGCAUCAAAAGCCACUAAGACUCUGCCUGCAAACGACAAACCAGUGGCUGCAUCGAAGCAACCGAACCUUUCUCAGCAACAUGCGAGCGGAAGUUUGCUCCCAAAUGCAUCACUAGCGAAACAAACAGAGUUUGAUAAGCCGUGCACUGAAAGCAAUGUUUCCGGUUCAACAGCAGAAACCCAGAAGCCGGUGCUCGAAAACCAUGUCGAUAAUAUUGUAUCUAAAGAAACCAUCGUUACGAAGCCACCGUCUCCCGUAAAGUCGCAUCCUACUUCUCCAAAGCUGCCCGUUGGUGGUCCUGUUGGUGGAAUUAAAAAAAUACAAAAGGUACAUCAGCUUACGGCCGAACAGCAGAGGCUGGUAUUAAACAGUUUAAAGAAAGGUAAAGGCAAACGUUCAGCGAAAAUGCCAGACGUCGCUUCGGUUACAAAGGAUAGUAAUGUGGUUGCUUCUCACGGGUCUGUCGAAAAUAUUGCAAAUUCUCCAGUGUCCAUCGUUGCCAAGGACGACCACAGGGUAAAUAUUAUUUCACACAUAAUUUUGCCCCGUCUUACCGUAGGCACACAGCAGAACGCAUUUAGCGCGUCCGAUGGUUCCAUCACCGUCCCUACUACAUCCAACAGCUCAUCCACAGCUGUACCGACAUCACCAGCACAGCCACUUACUAGACUUGUGACAGGGACCUCGCCUACAGCCACAGUAUCGUCGAAUAAUUCCAACCAGUACCCAAAACUAUUCAUUUGCCAUAAGCCUGCAGCUGCAGCAUCGUUCCCUAUUUCCGCUGAUCCAGUUGAAGCAAGGCAACAAUUGGUUCAACCUGCCGUUAGUGUCACCGUGCUACCGAAAACGAACCACACGUUGUCCGGUUAUCCGAGCUUGAGUAACUCCGUACCGACGAGACCCUAUAUGCUACCUACGCCCGUGGUAACCGUUCGCCCAACCGCUCCAAAAACUUAUGGAAAUACCUCUCCGGCCGCUCUGCCCAAACCAAUCAUUUCGGUAACUGUUUCGCCUAUAAACAGCAACAAUUCAUCGGCCAACUCGAUGAACGUACCGGUUGAUCCUCGCAUCGUGCCCAAGAUUGUAAUCACCCAUGACACUGCAGAUCACGACAGUCAAUCUUCGCUUGCUUCUACCUCAUCGUCAUCUUCGUCCGGUCAAAACACAUCGGCACCAAAGAAGCAAUCGGAAGAUCGUCCCAGGAUCCUAUCUACGUUUAAAGAUCGUGCUCAUACUGAAACGUCGGGCUGCUCGCCCGGUACUCGCGACAAGUUGCGUGCAAAGUCUUUGCAAAAUUUAUGGAGGAAAAACGAAUGCCUGUCGAGCAUGCAGUGUGGACCGAUAUAUCCAUUCUUGCCUCAAUAUGCACAACGAUCGAAUACGGGAGAGCAGAUCCGUACAUAUGUGCAGCAAUCGAAUUUUCAAAGAGAACACAAUGAAGCUUAUCCGCGACACUUGAGCGUAAUGGAACGGGUUAAGCAAUCCUUAUCGAAGAUGGAAACGACCAAAAGUACAACUAUCGAGCAGACUCCAAGUGUGGUGCCGCAACGUACAAUGGAACAGCAUGCUCCUCUGAAAGCACCCACCGUCAGUGAUUACGUUUCGCAACCAGCCAAAAGUUGCGGGCAAGCAAAUGUACCGGUAAUUAAUGAAUUUUUAGGGUUUUCUGCUUCGUCCAUUGAAUGUGCGGAGCGAGAUUUUCAGGACCGGGUCCGGACGAUUGAUUUGGCGCUGGAAGAGCAACGCAAACCCCCAAAAGAUGCGAGCAAUAAUGAGGAAGCAAUGGAAAACAUGGAAAUGAAUGCAACCACUCAAGAAAGCAAACGUGUAUCUACACCACCUUCGUCUAUUGCGGAAUUAAUAGAAAAAGUGGGAGAAGAAACUGUUGCUGAUCCCGAUGCAAAGAUAUGUGCAACUUUAGGCACUGCUUCUAAUGAUCAGCACCGUACAGAUUCUACUGAUGCUCAUGCAAACGAAAAUAGUGCAGAUAGUAAAACAAAUUCAGUACGUGAUGAAAGUGGAAUUUGUGUUCGUAAGAUAGAACCAAAAGUAGCACUUUUGCAGAAUGAAGAUGUUGCUGUUAAGAAUGUACCCAUCAAUCUCUCUGCUCCAUCGGAAACGGGUUUGAAGGAGAGUACUGUCAUUAUUUUAGAUAGUGAUGAAGAAAUUGAACAGGAGCAAGAAAUGCACACUAAAGUCGUCGAAAAUGAAAAUACUACGCACAGACACGAGCCAAACGAACAACAGGAAAGCGUUGCGAAUCGAACAGACGAAGAAUUGGAAGAAGUUGCUGAUGCUACUGCUAGUGGUGGCGCAAGUGAAGCUGAAAAUACCCCCGAUCCGGAUCCGGAAACAAUGAUGGAGGAAGAAGAUCCAGACAUACCUGUACCAGAUCUGAUUGACAAGGCAGCGACCGGUGUCGAUAUUAUCAUGGCAAUGGCAAAAUUAAGGCGUGAAAACCGUGUUUUGUCGUUGGAUGACGUAUCCGAUCGGGAGGAUAGUGGCUGGAUGGAACAGCCAAUUGGUACGCACACUCAGCCAACGCUACCGUCCACCUCUGCUGGACAACUCACUAGCAAAAAGAAAAGGAAAAGGCGUAAGAAGAAAAGGAAAGACAAAUUUGUACAACUGUUGCUUAAGCACGUAAACUACGACGCGCUUAUAGAGGACUUGGUGCAGCAAGAGAAACGUCGCUGCAACUACAAGUCAUCAUCAGACGAGGAAGAGCGUACCAUUUCACCUUUGCAACGAUACAUCCUAGAGCGGGAACGGGAACAAGAACAACCGGUAGCGAUCGAGGAGUCUGACAAUCGGGUAUCGUCUCCAACGAUAUCAUCGGAGGACGACGAAUCAUUGGCAGAAGAAACGGUUUUGAAUCGCAUUCUUAACAAACUCAGUUGCGCGACCGUUGCGAAGACUUCCUCUUGUCCCACUACGCAGGCCGACGACAAUUUGGCAGAAUGUAGUAGCACACCACAAAAAGCAAUCUGUUCCGUCAGUACAACGGCACACGAUGUAUCAGAUGACCAAAGAGAUGACGUACAGCGCUCGAGCAUCUGUGAUAAAGCUGCAGAAAAUGAUGCAGCAGAGAUUAAUAAAGAGCAACCGUUACGGGACUUGCCUGAUGUGAUCAUAGAUCCUUUGCCGCAGGUUGAAGAUGUUGUCUGCCGAGAACGUACAAGCUGUGAUAUAAGUGAAACGAAUGUCGCAAUCUGUGAUACACCAAGCGAUACUGUAGUUGGAAAGGCAGCCAUCGAAACAAAUUCUUCACCGUCGAAGGUAAUCGAAACGAGCAAUACUCAUGCAAAGCAAGCACAACUUCAACACCGUACGCGGAGUACGGUUUUGAAACGCGUCAGUAGCAGAAAACGACCGGUUAGUAGACGCUUAUCGCACAAACCGGUCAGAGGUACAAGCAAACGAAAGAGACCAAAGUACCUGCUAACUCCUCCGGUCGAGAUGCCACUGUUCGAUAGCUCGGAUGCAUCGAACAACGACGAGGUAGUUUCCGACUGCUCAUCGGGUGGUUUAUCUACUGGGGAAGCGGUGGCCAAUAGUACACGGAAAACACUCCCAGCUAGAAAGUGUAACACGAACAAUGGAAACGGUGCUGUGGGUGAUAGCGGCGCAAAAGCCGAAAACAACAAAAACUUUGAAGGGAAAGUUCUGCCGGGUGUCGCGGUAGCAGGCGCCACAACGACGCGGUCGGGCAGGAGUAGGAACAACGGAAGACGAAACUCUAGCAGUAGCAACAGCAUCAGUAGCAGCACCAGAAACCAUAGUCUUAGCUGUGACGGUGAUCUUUCCUCUAGCGAUGAUACGAAACCCGGCAGGAGGCGUACAUUGCGGCGAAAGAGACGUUCGGUACGGUAUGGUAUGAGUGGUAACCGUGCACCGGUGAAGGGUACCGUUGUUGCUACCGUCGAUUGUGACACCAAGCGUUCAAUGUCCGCCACCACUAGCAGUAAGACUAGCAAUAUACGCACUCAUUUGCCCACUGUUUCCAAACCUUCCAAAGCUUCCAACCUAGAUGCACAGUAUGUGAUCACAGAGGGUGCCGGCGAGUCGGCGAUAGCACCACCACGCGUACUGGAUGUCAUCAACGUGCGGAACAAUCGUGUACUGUCAUCCGGGGCACCACCACCUAACACCAGAGCAACCCGUACCUCGAACAUACAGCCAGACCCAGAAGGACCUGCGAAGGAUGGGCCGAAAAGAGAUUCUAACCGAUCGGCCAAAUCAAACCAAACGGUGAACACGGAUUGUGAAGAAUUUAUCACCCCGAACAGUAGCAUGGAACAAUCUUCAAGGGCGAGUGAGAAAGAUCCAGCAGAGCAAACGCAAUCCGAUUGCGGACCUGCCACAGCUGAGCCGCUAGAUGAAGCCGAAUUUGAUAAUCAAAUCGUCAAAUGUGGCAACUGCGGUAAGGAAAUGCUUCAGUCCGGCUGGAAAGAACACUGUACCGUUCACAAUGGGGCAACAUUUCGUGUCGGUAUCGAUUAUGCGUUCGACAUGAAGGAUGUGAAAGCGGUAUCGACAGCGAUUGCACGAUUCAUGAAGCUUAACCGACGUGCGGAGGUGGCAUGCGAACGAUGUGGGACGGUAAAAAAAUCGGGCCUCGGGAUGGCAUCCCACAUGAACCAGUGUGGCCUAUCGGCGCAGGAGCUGGAACAGACCAAGGCGACCUGUACGCAUUGCGGGCGGAAGAUGAAAGCGGUCAGCCUGUUGGCACACCAGCAGCUACACUGCCGGGUGAUCAAGGAACAAAAGCGCCAGAUUGCCUUAACUACUCCGAGCGAGGAGGAGAUUACGAUACCCAAAGAGACGACCGCAAGUGGACGAAAGAAACGGAAAUCGGUCGCGAGCGCUGAGCGGAAGAUUAAAACGAUGGCCAAAGAGAUAAAUGAUGAACUAAUCGUGGAGCUGGUGGUGGAAAUAUACGGUCGCGAUGUUAGCAAUGCCAUCAUGCAAUGUUGGUUAUCCCAUCUGAAACAGUCGAGCGAAGCCGUCUGCGCAUACGUUGGUUGCCCGUUCUUUGGCAUGACAUCGGAACACAUGCGUACAGACUACAAUGAUGAUGGAACCAAACCGAAACCGCUGUACAAGUGUGCCAAAUGUCCGUACAUGUCAACGAAGCAGAAACCGAUCUUCGACCACCUUGCUGUUGUUCAUCCGCAAACGAUGCAACGGGUUGCCGAACAGCGGCGAUCGUAUUCCAGCUGUGCCAGUGAUGGCGAUUCCGAUGUGGUUAUGGUCAGCGAUGCUAGUGGGGCCGAUGAUACUUAUAGCAGUAGUGCGCUGGAGGAUGAGGAUGAAGGUGGAAAAUCGAAAAAGGGUAAGGGCAGGAAGCAAACCGGCGGGCCAAACAAAUCAAGAUCGAAGAAGAAUAGCGAAAGUCCCAAGGGGAAUAGCAAAAAGAGCGCGGCAAAGCAGACUGGAAAUAAGACGAUCUCAUCGGAGUUGUUAGAUUCUACAAUGACAACCACGGAGGAGACGGAAGUGUACAAAGAAAUGGUUCUGCAGGAGUCGAUCGAAUUAAAGCAGGGUAAGGGCAACUUUCACCUCACGACCGUAAGCUGGACGCAAGAAUAUCGCCGGGAACACUAUGCAACGCAGUUGCUGUUUAGUGAACUGCGCCCGGAUGUGGAUACAUCGUACCUGCGCUCAAUUACCAAUGUGCGGGACUAUCUCCCAAAAGUAACGCACUCGAUGCGUUACGUGCAGUGCAACUCGAAGCAGUACGACCCCGGGUACGAGCCGAAAAUGUUUGCAAACCGAUGGCAACAAAAGAAUACAUUCGAAGGUGAAGCGCUUGGCUGUGAGUCGAUGUUUUAUUGCGGCGGUCCGGUUGUAUCACUCGAUUGGUUACCAUUGCCGGACGAUUGUGCGAACGAUUGUGAUCAAUACCUGGCGGUAGCUUGUAAGCAGAGCUAUGAUGAGUAUUACAACGGUGCGGAACUGGCAGUGCCACGUUCCAGCAAGUGCCUAGUACAGAUCUGGAACGUUGGCCCGAUACAAAACCUUGGCUCAACAAGGGUAACGCUUCGCUGCCCACGAUUAGCGUUCGCUAUCGCGUGUGACUACGGUCCCAUCUGGCAGGUAGCCUUCUGUCCGAGCGGUUGCUACAAUGAUCCUGCCCAGGGAGACGUUAUGGACCGGUUGGGUUUGCUCGCGGUAGCUGGUUCCGAUGGUGACGUCCAUCUGUACGCGUUGAGUCGUAGUAUGGUCGGGACGGAAACUAGUACAACGCCUCGAAUUUUGCACCUCCGGCCGGUGCUACUCCUAUCACUUACUAUGGCUGCUGGACCACAAAACCAUCCUGCUGCGGAUUUUACCGGGCGUAGUGUGGUACGCAUUACGUGGACCCGCGAAAAGGGCCACAACGUGUUGGCGGCCGGUUACUCGAAUGGUGUCGUCGCGGUGUGGAAUCUAGCCGCCACAUCGCCAUUGCUCUGCGGGAAGAAACAUGGCAUCCGAACGUUGCUGCCCGUGCACAAGAUACUACAUUCGAGCAGUGGAUGCAUCACGGCGAUGGAUCUCCAUUACAGUACCGGCUCAAGGUAUCUGGUCGUGUGCAAUGCCGAUCGGCGGAUGAAGGUGUACGAUCUGCGCUGCAGCCUAUACCAACCGCAGGAAUCGUUGAGUAUGGUAAUGCGCAGCCGUGUCUCAGCCAUACGCUGGCUGCUACACUUCCCGGUAAUGGUGAUCGCGUAUGAUGAUGCGCUGUACAUCGAUCGGUGUGCGUACAGUACGCAUCAACCGCGCGAUAUCGGGCUGCGCAUGUUUAGCAUAUUUACGGUGGGCACUGAAAUGACCGAUCUGGGCACGAACGACUGGUGCAGCAUUAAUGCGGUUGCGACUAGUGGCGGUGAUUUGGUAUGCCACCGACCGGUGCCGUUCGUGUACGGCAUGAACUACAAAAAGUUAGCACAGAUUUUAACGACGACAAUCCCGAUGAAGAUAAACGAGAUCGACGAUUCCGCUGAUGUUUCGCGUUACAAAGUAUUCUCCGAAGAAUAUGGCCUCCUAUUUUCCGACACUGAUAAGGUACCCACCACCAUGGACACAGCGGCACUGCAUCUGAAAACGUGGCGUCGGGCCAAGUUCAGUCACUAUCCUGCCGUCCGGCUAAAUCAGAUCCGCUGGAAUCCGAACAGUUUUUCGUACACGUACUACGCUAUCGGCUACCAGGCAGGAUUUGUGCGCGUACGGGUACUACGGUCGUAG